UGACAAUUAAAAUUUUUGUUUUUUGUGUUUUUGUCUUUUAUGAUCCGUGAUUUAUAACCUGAUUUUAAAAUUCGUUUAAAAAUGAAAAAGUGAAUUUCCAUUUCUACAGAAAAGACGCUUAAACAUGAUGUACAAGCAAAUUAGAAAGUUACUACAGAAGUCCGAUACUUUUAUCUUCCAGAUAAAACAAUUGUCAAGUAACACGAAUGAGAUAGUUGCUACUGGCCAAACAGAAAUUCUUCCUGCUUGCAACUCCGAUAGUAGAUUGCUAAAAGUUGCAGUAAUAGGUAUGCCAAAUGCUGGCAAAAGCACAUUCAUCAAUUAUUUGAUGGACAGAAAGGUAUGUCCAUCAUCUGCAAAAGUACACACCACAAGAGGAAAAGCAAGAGCAAUAUUCACACAAGAUAACACACAGAUCGUUUUUAUGGACACACCUGGCAUAGUUAGUGAUAAGGAGCAUAAAAAAUUUAAUUUAGAGAAGACCUUUAUAAGGGACAGUAAAAAUGUAUCAAGAGAUGCAGACAUGAUUGGUAUCAUACAUGAUGUUACAAAUUUUUGGACAAGGGAUAGGUUGGACAUGAAAAUUAUAAAACUGCUUGAGUAUCACAAAUCAAAACCUAGCUUUCUCAUAUUCAAUAAGAUAGAUGCAUUAAAAUCCAAACGAAAGCUGUUAGAUCUUGCAAGAUUGCUGACUGAAAAUUGCCUAGAUGGAAAACCAAUGCCAGGCACAAAAUCUUUCAACAGAGAAGGUUCUGAUAUGAAAGGUUGGCCAUAUUUUCAAGAUAUAUUCAUGGUAUCUGCUCUAACAGGUGAUGGCUUGGAAGAUGUGAGAAACUAUCUGAUCAGCAAAGCUCAGCCUGGAGAAUGGUUAUUUCCAGAACAAGUAUGGACUGAUCAAAGUACAGAAACUAUCAUAACAAAUACAGUUAAAGCAAAACUCUUAGAUUUUAUUCCUCAAGAGAUUCCUUACAACCUGAAACCAUGCAUGGAAUACUUCAAUGUUGAUGAAACAGUAUCGAUUGCGAUCCUGGUGUUCAGGAUGUCUCCUUGGCGAAUUUCCACCUCAGUAUUGCUACCUUCCCCUGUGGGAGAGAUGCCCAUGUUAGUUGAUCCCCUAUCAGGGGGAUCGUUAUCCAUAGGCAUUACACAGCAAAAUAUAUGAUGGUUAUUAUUACUAGUUGCACAAGCCAGAGGGAGAAAAAGAAGCAAUUUUUGUAUGUGAAGUCACAUGUGUUGUUCUAGUUCAGUGUCCAACAGACAGAAUUGUUAAGCUAGUUGCUGGUGCAUCUGAUGGAAAAAUUAAACAAAUCACAGAAAGUGUACAGAAGGAUCUACAAGAGACAUUUCAUAAUUUUGUUAAGAUUAAAAUAGUGCUUACAUCCCAAGAACAGUAGACUGUUCUUGAUUAGUGUUUAUAUUAGAUAACAAAUAUAAUCUAUUUGUCACCCAUAUUUACCCACUUACUGAUACCCAACCACUGUAAAAUGAGGUAGACUCAUAAGCUUGAAAAUGUGCCAUUUUUGUAUUUUGUUUCAUAUUUGCCCUUUUAUCUCUUGUUUUCAAGACAAAAUCUCAUACGCCUAACAUAUACUCUCAAUGAAAUGUAAUUUCCCACUUAUGGUUAAAUAAUAUAAGGGAAAAUAAAAUCGCAAAUUUACUCAUACUUGUUUAUUGUUGAAUAAAAAUAAUCUAUAUACAAAAAUCAUACAUUAGAACUUAAAUAAAAAAUAGUUG